ACACUAACAAAUCCCAAUCAUACCGCCAGUCGACAAAUUGCAGUCGACCGGAUCAGACCGACGACGAUGAACUGAUCGUGUUUGGCAGUCGCAGAAUCGCAACUAUAGCAAGCAGGGGCCGCUCGAUUCGACGUUGGUGCGCAGAUUUUUGGCUAUUUACCACACUUUUGGGAAAGGCCUUUUGGUGGUCAGCUGUAUCAACAAACCGAGUAGUAGUGGUAUCGGUUAGAGAAAUAUCAUCUACUCACAGUUUUCGGCCUGUUGUGUUGUUUUGCCGUUUGACGUUGGUAAAUUGCGGGUUCUGAAAGAUCGGUUCUGUGCCAGGAGCGUCGCGCGUGUUCAAUCCUUUGCUCUACCAACCGAUCGGUUAGUUGAGAGUAGAUCGUGGAUGCAUUCGGUUUGGUGUUCUGGACAGGUGAAGGGGAUUUUUUUUUAUUAAAUAUAACCGUGAUGUUUAGGAAAAGGAAUUGAAGGUUUAUAAUUGGUGUCGGCAAUCUCUUGUGCGAUCGAUUUAGUCUGAUUCGCAGAACCGUAUAUACAACAAUAGAAUCUAUUUUGAAAACAGUUCUUCCAACCAAUGUUCUGAAGUGUGUGACUCAAGGCGAAUGUCAAAGCUGCUAUUGUGUGCUGUCACGGUGUGUUUAGAAUCAGCUGUGCGAACCUAAUAGGGCCAUUGAGGCUGCCUUCGCCUUACUCGACCGUGUAGCAUUCGUGCCUUAUAUCGUGGUCUGGUGACAGUGUAAAACCCGCGCACUGAGACGGCACGGUCUGUGCGGAGUACCGGUCGGCACCACUGUGAACGGCUGUCUCCUCCCGCUGCUGCUGCUGACACGGCGAUACCUGUUGUCACAUCAUUGGGCGUGAAUUUCGAUCAGCACCUGAAACAGUUCUCAAGACUGGAUUACCACGAUGACGGUGGAUAAGGGACACAGCAAUACGGCGUUUGUGGGAGAUGACGAGGUGAACAGCAAAAAAUCCGUCCACGGAAAGAACAUUACCAGCAACAGCUAUGUGUUGGAAAUCCAGGAAAAGAAACCGGGCCUUGAAACGGACUACAAUCCGUACGAACAUCGGCAUGUCGAGCAUCCUACAACGAACAACGAAACGCUGAUUCACCUGCUCAAGGGUUCACUGGGGACAGGAAUUCUUGCGAUGCCGAAUGCUUUUCACCAUGCGGGUUGGCUGGUCGGAGGCGUCGGAACGCUGCUGAUCGGCAUCCUCUGCACAUACUGUAUUCAUCUGUUAAUCAAGGCCGAGUACGAACUGUGCCGGCGGAAACGAGUUCCUAGUCUCAACUAUCCUGCCGUGACGCAAACUGCACUCCUGGAAGGACCGAAUGCGUUGAAGCCGUUGGCGAAUAUUAUAGUGCAUAUUAUUAACGUAUUUCUGCUGAUCUACCAGCUGGGCACGUGCUGUGUCUAUGUGGUAUUCGUGUCAUCCAAUAUUAAAGCCAUCGCCGAUUAUUACACCGAAAGCGACACCGACGUACGGCUGUACAUGCUGAUCAUCCUGUUGCCCUUGAUCUUGAUCAACUGGGUUCGCAAUCUGAAAUUUUUGGCACCCUUUUCAACGCUCGCAAACGGAAUCACGCUGGUUUCCUUCGCCAUCAUCCUGUACUACAUCUUCCGCGAGCCGAUUUCAUUCGAGGGUCGCGAAGCCGUCGGCAAAGUGGCGGAAUUCCCGCUCUUCUUCGGAACGGUUCUCUUUGCCCUGGAAGCGAUCGGCGUAAUUCUACCGUUGGAAAAUGAAAUGAAAACACCAAAAAAAUUCGGCGGUAAUUUCGGAGUGCUCAACAAAGCUAUGGUGCUGAUUGUUUUCCUCUACAUUGGAAUGGGAUUUUUCGGCUAUUUAAACUACGGACCGGACUCGAAAGGAUCCAUUACACUCAACCUUCCGGAACAAGAAAUUUUGGCUCAGUGUGUGAAGGGUAUGUUGGCAUUUGCCAUCUACAUCACCCACGGACUGGCUUGUUACGUGGCCAUUGAUAUCACGUGGAAUGAUUAUUUGAAAAAGCAAUACGGAGAUUCGCCUCGCAGUGUCUUCUACGAAUACGUUGUUCGCACCGUUUUGGUUUUAAUCACAUUCCUCUUGGCAGUUGCAAUUCCCAACCUCGAGUUGUUUAUCUCCCUUUUCGGAGCUCUCUGCCUAUCGGCGUUGGGAAUAGCUUUUCCGGCUCUCAUCCAGACUUGCACGUACUGGCACGAAAGGCACGGAUUACAGAAAGCCUGGAUGAUUUUGAAGAACACCGUAAUUGGUGUUAUUGCCAUCUUCGGUUUGGUCGUAGGAACAAGCACCAGUCUGAAGGAAAUCAUUCACACCUUCAGUGAUCAUGACUAAGGAUCUCAAUUGAAACGGGAGUCCUAGGGGGGUUAAUCCUCGUUGAGCGACCGGAGAGGACGCAGCGUCGCAAACUGGAUGAUAUCCACUACUGCAAAACAAACAGUGAUUUUAGACGCACGUUUGACGUAAGCGAGUAUUAUUUAUCGUUUAAAGCUGUAGAGAUGUGAAGAUUUGCAUUCGAAUAUUCGUUGAAUCAACAACAAUUAGGACAAAGACGAAAACGAAUCAGGAACAUUCUUUAUGUCUCGAUUGAACACAACGAUCGCAUUCCUGAGUGGUUUUAAAUGUAGCAAAUUAAGUCAAAUGAGAAUAUAUGUAACUUGUAGCGAUUUUAAAAUAAACCCCACAGCCAACAUUAUAGUAUUAAACAGAACAGAUUUUUUGAAAUUGCAUCGAUAGAGUGAUAUUCUAACCGAGUGCCAAUCUGAUUAAGUAAUUAAGUAAAAGUUAGAACAAAUAGUAAAUCACUCAUGAAUUUUAACACAGUUUUGUUGCUAUUUGACGAUUCAAUAAAAGUAUUAA